CCCCGUUACCAAAUCACCUCCACAUUCAACACCUCCUCUAUCUCCUCCACCACUAUCCAAUAACCCCCGGCCGCCGUCGCCGCAACCGCCACAGCAGCCGGGGGCAGCCAUGGGUGCCUGCGCAACCAAGCCCAAGACGCUUGAGGGGAAGGCCCCCGCCGAGGCCACCAUCUCCACACCCAAGGUUGCUCCCGAGACCACCGUCCCCACCGAGGAGGUUGCGGCGCCUGAACAGGUAGUCGAGAAGGUGGUGGAGGAGGCCAAGGAGGAGCCGGCGGCGGCGGCAGAGCUGCCUGCCCCCGCCGAGCCCGAGCAGAAGGCUGAGGCGGUUCCGGAGGCGAUCGCCGAGCCCGAGCACAAGGAAGAGGAGCUAGUCUUGGAGAAGACGAUCGUCGAGGAGGAGAAGCCUGCUUCAGCCCCUGUGGAGGAGGAGAAGACCGCCGCCGCCGCCGAGGUGGCGGAGGAGCCCACGGAGGUGAAGAAGGACGCCGCGGAGGAGGAGAAGAAGCCGACGCAGAGCUGAUCGACGGCCGUCCAUGCACGUCGACUGGCUCCUGCCAAUGAUCAAUGUGCAUGCGAGAGCGUGCGCCUUGAAAUCUCUAGAGUUGGCUCAUAUGUAUAGCUCGGGAGAGAUCCGAUCCACUGUGUAACAAUCUUUGAUGUCUCCCAGUUUUUCCUCCACGGGGUUCUGAUAAACGACAUUAUUGGGCUUAUCGAACAUCUUGGUCU